AUGGAGCUUGACAACAAUUUGCUCACGACAUUUGUCGAAAGGUGGAGGAGAGAGACGCACACCUUCCACCUCCUCGAGGGAGAGGCGACAAUCACAUUGAAGGACAUCGCCUUGCUCACCGAUUUGUCAAUCAAUGGAGAAGCGAUAAUUGAGAGUUUGAAAAAAUCAGAAGCUAGUUGGGGGCCUUUCAUACUCGAACACUUGGGCAUCGAAGUCCCCACGGUAGCAGAAGCCGGCCACAAACCACCGCUGGAUAAGUCAAUGCUGUCAAUCCCGUGGCUUGUGAGCCACGUUGGUGCACUGGGGGAGAAUGCCACAGAGGAACAAGUCGACCGGUAUGCUUGCGUAUACAUUAUCGGGCUGAUUGGGGGAGUGUUGUUCCCCAACAAGUCCAAUAGGUAUAUGCAUUGCAUGUGGCUUCUGCUGCUAUUGGGAGAUUAG